UCCAUCUGAGGGCUGCGUCUGAGUAUAUACAAAUUCCUUAACAGGCCGCCAAGCUCUCUCUUUUCCUUCUCUCUCUCGCUCGCUCGAUCGCGCCUCUUCAAGGUAAGAGUAGAAGUUAAAAAUGUUUACAGCGGGUAGAAAGAUCCAGAACGACAAGGGCCUCGAGCCCUCCGAAUUCGAGUACAACGUUGCUCAGUGGAUCUUCGAUUUGGAGAACACUAACCAGGAGCUGAAGAGUGACUUGAAGGAUCUCUUCAUCAAUUCUGCGCUUCAGAUUGACGUAGCUGGGAACCGAAAGGCAGUUGUUAUUCAUGUCCCGUUUAGGUUGAGGAAGGGUUUUAGGAAGAUCCAUGUGAGGCUUGUUAGGGAACUGGAGAAGAAGUUCGGUGGAAAGGACGUGAUCUUUGUUGCUUCUCGGAGGAUAGUGAGGCCCCCAAAGAAAGGUUCAGCGGUUAUUCGCCCUCGCAACCGUACACUCACUGCAGUACAUGAUGCUAUUUUGGAGGAUGUUGUCUACCCUGCGGAAAUUGUAGGAAAGCGCGUGAGAUAUCACUUGGAUGGCUCCAAGAUCAUUAAGAUCUUCUUGGAUCCCAAGGAGCGCAACAACACCGAGUACAAGCUGGAGACAUUUUCUGGAGUCUACCGCAGGCUUUGUGGUAAAGAUGUGGUGUUCGAGUACCCCGUGACCGAGAGCGCUUGAAGUUAGUUUUAUCUUCUAUCUAAUAGCUGCAUAACAUGAAAUCAUAAAUUAGUAUUUGUUCAAAUGAAUUGGCUUGUAAGAGAGAGGAAGAAAUGAUGAUGAUUUGGUCAUCUUAAAUUUUCUUUGGUGAUACUGCGAAGGCGGCAGAAAGCCUUGUUUUCUAGGAAGGGAAUUUUUGUUACCUCGAAACAUAUUAUCCCUCAUUUUUUCUUUUAGCAUCUCUAAGAUAACUUUUCGCUUAAUAUUUUUCAAUUUGGAAUGUCUUGAUUUUUUUU